AUGCUGAAGAUUUGGUCUAUGAAGCAGCAGCAGCAGCAGGCUGAGAAUGCUGAAGGGGGAGCUGGCAAGAAGAAAAAGAAGGUCACCGCGGCUCAGCUGCGUGUGCAACGAGACCUCCAGGAGCUCACCCUCGGCAACACAAUGAAGAUGACCUUCCCCAACCCCGACGACAUCCUCAACUUCACCCUCUCCAUCGAACCGGACGAGGGCAUGUAUAAGGGCGGUGUCUUCAACUUCUCCUUCGCCGUCAACCAGAACUUCCCACACGAUCCUCCCAAGGUCAAAUGCACCCAGAAAAUCUACCACCCCAACAUCGACCUGGAAGGGAAUGUAUGCCUAAACAUCCUCCGCGAAGACUGGAAGCCGGUGCUGAAUCUCAACGCCGUGAUCGUGGGCAUGCAGUUCCUCUUCCUCGAGCCUAACGCCUCCGACCCUCUGAAUAAGCAAGCCGCCGAAGACCUGCGCGCAAACCGCGAGGCGUUCAAGCGCAAUGUGCGCACCUCAAUGAGCGGCGGCACAGUCCACAAUAUUACCUUCGAGCGUGUACUAAAAUAG